CAGGCACCAUCGUGGACUUCGGCAAAUAAUAAAUUCAGAAAUCUCUGUCGUCCGCGCCGUUCAAUUUCCAGACGGCUCACUGGGUCAUAUCGACUAUAUCAACCUGAGAGCAUGUGUCAAGUUGGGCAGAUUAACGAGGACGACAAACACGGAAAUCUCGUCCCCAGAGAGCAGAAAAAAGAUUCACCACCACGAGAACAGACAAAAAAGACGUCCCAAUCAUUUUCUUUAGACAACUAUCCAAUCAUGAGCGGUACAUCGUAUUUCUCAGACACACUCGAGGAACCCGAAACAGCAAACAGUGCCUUGGGACGACGCCAUAGCCGUGUUCUCCCGCUGCUUCCACGGAUAGGAAUCACGCUUCCUUCCAAUCAGGUCGCUGGCCUCGUACCAAGAGGCCCAGGCGAUUGCCAGAGACGAAAACGAGUCAGCAAACCAAAGGUUCGAUCCGGGUGUCUGACCUGCAAGAUUCGGCGGGUCAAAUGUGACGAACGGAAGCCUACGUGUAGUCGUUGCGAGAAGGCGGACGUUGAGUGCGACGGCUACAUAAGAGAAGCCGUGGACCGGAAGAAAACGACUGAACAACAACAAAUCAUUGCGGCAGCUCAACAAGCAAGUCGACACCUGCUUCCGCGGCCGAACGAGCCGGUAAAACAGGGCUCAGUUCCGAUUCUGACUGCUCGGCUUCGAACCAACCCUUCGUCGAUGCAAUUCGACCAUAGAGAUGUGCCGUACUAUGAUCUGUUCAGAUAUCAGCUGAUCCGGGAUCUUGGAGGUUCAUGUCAGGCCGACUUCUGGUCACGCAUUGUUCUCAACGAAAUGACAAGGGAUCCAUGUGUUCGAGAAUCAAUCCUGGCGAUUGGAGCAAUCUCACAAACGAUAUUUUUUGAUGAAGAGUCAAGUAAACGGUUCGACAGGGCCCCCCCGUCUGCGCUUCGUCCUUGGGGGACUUCGAAGGCGGUUUUGACCGGCUUCCUCAAUCGACACCACAAGGCAGCUUUACUGCAUCAUGUCAAAGCAGUCGCUAUAUACAGAGAGCGUAUCCAACAGUCGUCUUCUGAUACCUCACCUAGGUCAAUCAUCAUCAUGACUUUGCUACUUAUCGCUUUUGAGUUUAUCCAAGGCAACAUGAAGAACAUUGACUCUCUGAUGGGGACCGGCAUGCGCCUCUUGGAAAACAAGAUCACAUUGCUACAUGGUCUCCAACCAGGAGAAGAGUUGGAUGUUGGAGAAGAUUACCUAUCUCCUCGAUUACGAACAGGUACUCCAGACGAUGAGAUGGAUGAUAUCGAGCAUCUGCUGCCAUGUUUGUGUCUCAUGGCCGGCUUCACCCAUUUUUUCAGCUCGCACAGGAAUAGCGUGCUCUUAAUGAACAGUAGCCCGAGACUUCAGCUUCCCAAGCCAGGCGUUACUGUUCUGGCAAAAAUCCAAGCGUUAUGGGGCCAGUUCUUUACACGGGCUGUCGUCCACGUGAUGCGAACAAUGCACGACCAGCUCAACUACAAUCCGAUGGAUAUGUUGAAAGCAGCGGAAGAGCAGAAAAAGUUUGUUGAGUACAUAGGCAUGUGGAAAGACGUCUUGGAAACAUACCUCGGCGAUCCGACGCUCAAUGAGGACGCAAGAAGAACGCUGGACAGCAUACAGAUACACCGCCUGCUGAUUCACAUCGUCAUCAGCUGUAGUCUUGACCGCAGCGAAAUGAUGUACGACCUGUUCGAACUCGAAUUCAGGGAGCUCCUGGACCGGGUCGUUCGCUACCUGCGAGAUCCUGGUCCGAUAUCAAAAGUGUGCUUCACCUUCUCGGAGGGCCUGACAUCUCCGCUAGCUAUGAUCAUCGCGAAGUGUCGCAACCAUAACUUAAGAAUGGAGGGUAUCAACAUUCUGAACAGCUUGUCAUGGAGGGAGAACGCCUGGGAUGGGCAGGCUUUGGUGGUCGGCAAGUCAGGAGUCGUCUGGCUCGAAGACAGGGGCAUGGAUGAAAACGGGUUCAUCCCGCCUGAUUCAAGAUGGAUAUGGAUGUCAAGCAAGUGGGAUAUCGAGAAGCGAGAGCUCCUAGCGACUUAUUUCAGAUUGACGCCAAACGAGGAUGGUACACCAUUCUGUGCGCAGCUCACACUCGACAUGGACAACUUGGUAUACAGUUGUGACUUGAUAGGCUGUCCAGGGCGUCACGAUCCUUUGGAAAUCAACCAAUUUUAACUAAUUAAUUUUUUUAUUGUUACUUUCAUUGAACCGUAACUUUCAAUAAAUUCCUCAUAGAUAAGACUCGGCGGGCA